ACGUACGAGAAAUUGAAGAUCUGGGAAAUUUCCUCGGGAAAAUCUUUCUCCGAGGGAAAAUCUGGACUUCUACAAGGAAGAGGAACGACGGGAGUGGGUUUCUGCUGAUCACCAGGUUUCUUCUUCGGUUGAUUGAUAACUUCGUUGUACUCCUGGAGAUGGACCCUAACCAGCAACCGGUUGAAAAUUACGCGAACCCGAGGACAUGUUUCGUCCAUGUUCUCUUCAAGGGUGCGGCUUUGGCGUUUUACAUACUCUCAGCCCUCUUCUUUAAUAACUUUGUAAUAAUAUUCGUGGUGACCGUUCUUCUUUCUGCCCUCGACUUUUGGGUGGUUAAGAAUGUAAGUGGGCGUAUACUAGUUGGGUUGAGGUGGUGGAACGAGAUCAAUGACUUGGGUGAAAGUGUGUGGAGAUUUGAGUCCCUUGAUCAGGAGUCCUUAGCUCGGAUGAACAAGAAAGACUCGUGGCUUUUCUGGUGGACCCUUUACCUUUCAGCGGCUUUGUGGUUGAUCUUGGGAAUAUUUUCCCUCAUAAGGUUUCAAGCCGACUAUCUGCUCGUCGUUGGAGUUUGCUUGUCCCUCAGCGUUGCUAAUAUCGUCGGCUUCACCAAGUGCAAAAAAGACGCGAAGAAGCAGUUUCAGCAGUUUGCGUCUCAGACGAUUGCGUCGCGGUUUACCUCCACUGUGCAAUCUGCCUUCACGAUUGUCUGAAAAGGUGCACAAAACGACACCGCUUUUUGACUGAUUUCUUCACAACUUUUUUUUUUUUUUGGUAGCUUUUUAUAUAAUCAGACUGACUCGACUUGUUACAUUUUGUUUGUCCUAUCACGGACCGGUUUGCUCUGUUGUCAUCGGCUUUCUGUGAUGAACCGAUGCUCUAUAUUCCAUGUAGCCUUGAGAAACAGUCUCAUAGAUUUUCUAUAGGUGUCGGCACGAGUUAGGUACCGACGUAUCUGAGUGUCUUGGCCAAUAUAUUUUAUUAUCUGUAUAUGUUCAGCUUUA